CCGGCACUUCCUGUAUAAAGGCGGGCGGGCCGGGCUGCGACUCCCGCGAGCCGGGGCUGGGCUCUGGGAGGCAGGCGGCGGCGGCCGAGCGGUGGCGGGGCUGUCACCUUCGCGAGCCCGGCUCCUGGCGUUUUCCCGGGCCGUUCCUUUCGUUUCCCCGGGCUCCCGGCGUUGACAUCUGCGGAGCGGAGAGCUGUAUGUGCGCGCGCGCGGGAACGGAAGAAUGGCAGUGCUCAAACUCUGCGACCAGCCACCGCUGGUCCAGGCCAUCUUCAGUGGCGACCCAGAGGAGAUUCGCAUGCUCGUCCAUAAGACUGAAGACGUGAACGCACUGGAUUCUGAGAAACGAACCCCGCUUCAUGUGGCCGCGUUCCUGGGAGAUGCAGAGAUCAUCGAACUCCUGAUCUUGUCAGGAGCUCGUGUCAAUGCUAAGGACAACAUGUGGCUGACCCCACUGCACCGGGCCGUUGCCUCCAGAAGUGAAGAGGCAGUACAAGUAUUGAUUAAACACUCGGCUGAUGUCAAUGCAAGAGACAAGAAUUGGCAGACCCCCCUCCAUGUGGCAGCAGCCAAUAAGGCCGUUAAGUGUGCAGAAGUGAUCAUUCCAUUACUGAGCAGUGUCAAUGUCUCGGACCGAGGGGGGCGCACAGCCUUGCACCAUGCAGCUCUGAACGGACACAUGGAGAUGGUCAAUUUACUCUUGGCCAAAGGGGCAAACAUCAACGCAUUUGACAAGAAGGACCGACGUGCUCUCCACUGGGCAGCAUACAUGGGCCACCUGGACGUUGUGACUCUGCUCAUCAACCACGGUGCAGAAGUUACCUGCAAAGACAAGAAGGGCUACACCCCACUGCAUGCUGCAGCCUCCAAUGGGCAGAUCAACGUUGUCAAACAUCUCUUGAACCUGGGGGUGGAGAUUGAUGAAAUCAAUGUCUAUGGAAACACAGCCCUUCACAUCGCCUGCUACAACGGCCAGGAUGCUGUCGUUAACGAGCUGAUCGACUACGGUGCUAACGUGAACCAGUCCAACAACAGUGGCUUCACCCCUCUGCAUUUUGCAGCAGCGUCCACUCACGGUGCUCUGUGUCUGGAAUUGUUAGUGAACAAUGGGGCCGAUGUGAACAUUCAGAGUAAGGAUGGCAAAAGUCCUCUGCAUAUGACUGCUGUCCAUGGACGGUUCACGCGGUCACAGACCCUCAUCCAGAAUGGAGGUGAAAUCGACUGUGUGGAUAAGGAUGGCAACACACCUCUUCAUGUGGCUGCAAGAUAUGGUCACGAGCUUCUGAUUAACACCCUGAUAACUAGUGGAGCAGACACGGCCAAGUGUGGGAUCCAUAGCAUGUUCCCCCUCCAUUUAGCGGCCCUAAAUGCUCACUCUGACUGCUGCAGGAAGUUAUUAUCAUCUGGCUUUGAAAUAGACACCCCAGAUACGUUUGGAAGAACGUGCCUCCACGCCGCUGCUGCAGGAGGCAAUGUAGAAUGUAUAAAGCUCUUGCAGAGCAGCGGAGCAGAUUUUCACAAAAAGGACAAAUGUGGGAGGACCCCUCUGCACUAUGCAGCUGCAAAUUGUCAUUUCCACUGUAUCAAAGCAUUAGUGACCACCGGAGCCAGCGUUAAUGAAACAGACGACUGGGGAAGGACAGCUCUGCACUAUGCUGCUGCAUCAGACAUGGAUAGAAAUAAGAUGAUCUUAGGAAAUGCCCAUGACAAUUCUGAAGAACUUGAAAGAGCCAGGGAAGUGAAGGAAAAAGACGCUGCACUAUGUCUAGAAUUUCUGCUUCAAAAUGAUGCGAACCCAUCCAUCAGGGACAAGGAAGGCUACAAUAGCAUCCACUAUGCUGCUGCCUAUGGCCACAGACAGUGUCUAGAACUGCUUUUGGAAAGAAGCAACACUGGUUUUGAGGAAUCCGAUGGCGGAGCUCUCAAGAGUCCUCUCCACUUAGCGGCCUACAAUGGGCACCACCAAGCCUUGGAGGUCCUUCUCCAGUCCCUAGUGGACCUGGACAUCAGGGAUGAGAAAGGCCGGACAGCUCUGUAUCUAGCUGCUUUCAAGGGACACACAGAAUGCGUGGAAGCACUUGUUAACCAGGGCGCAUCCAUCUUUGUAAAAGACAACGUCACCAAGAGAACUCCACUUCACGCCUCAGUUAUUAACGGUCACACACUGUGUUUGAGGCUACUACUUGAAAUGGCAGACAACCCGGAAGUGGUUGAUGUGAAAGAUGCCAAGGGACAAACCCCACUGAUGCUUGCAGUAGCAUAUGGACACAUUGAUGCUGUCUCGUUGUUACUUGAAAAGGACGCGAACGUAGAUGCUGCUGACAUCGUGGGAUGCACAGCUUUACAUAGAGGGAUUAUGACAGGACAUGAGGAAUGUGUGCAAAUGCUGCUGGAACAAGAAGCAUCAAUCCUCUGCAAAGAUUCCAGAGGGAGGACACCCCUGCACUAUGCAGCUGCUCGGGGCCAUGCCACAUGGCUGAAUGAAUUGCUCCAGAUUGCGCUUCCUGAAGAGGACUGUUGUCUCAAAGACAACCAGGGAUACACGCCGCUGCACUGGGCUUGUUACAAUGGUAAUGAAAACUGCAUAGAGGUACUUUUGGAGCAAAAAUGUUUUCGGAAAUUUAUUGGCAAUCCCUUCACUCCACUGCACUGUGCAAUAAUAAAUGGCCAUGAGAGCUGCGCGUCAUUGCUCCUGGGGGCCAUAGACCCCAGCAUUGUCAGCUGUAGGGAUGACAAAGGCAGGACAACCCUCCAUGCGGCAGCCUUCGGUGAUCAUGGGGAGUGCUUGCGGCUGCUUCUGAGACACGAUGCUCAAGUGAAUGCUGUAGAUAAUUCAGGGAAAACAGCACUGAUGAUGGCUGCUGAGAACGGGCAGGCAGGUGCUGUGGAUAUUUUGGUAAACAGUGCCCAGGCUGACCUGACUGUGAAGGAUAAGGACUUGAAUACUCCCUUACACCUGGCUAUCAGUAAAGGCCAUGAGAAAUGUGCCUUGUUAAUACUUGACAAGAUACAAGACGAGAGCCUUAUCAACUCAAAGAACAGUGCACUGCAAACACCCCUCCAUAUCGCUGCACGCAAUGGCUUGAAGGUAGUAGUUGAGGAGUUGCUGGCCAAAGGAGCCUGCGUACUUGCAGUAGAUGAAAAUGGUCAUACCCCGGCCCUGGCUUGUGCUCCUAACAAAGACGUGGCUGACUGCCUGGCCCUCAUUCUGGCUACCAUGAUGACUUUUUCUCCUUCCAGUACGGCUGUCAACUUCGUUUGUUUUAGAAAAGACAAUUUGAGCAGAACGACCCUCUCCAAUCAGGGUAGUAGGGUUAGUCUGUGCAGUAACAAUGUGGGCUCUGAGGACGGGUACAAUGAAAAUGAUUCUGAUUCAGAAACAUUCUAACUUUGGACUGUAGAGGUGUUUUCCUCAAUACCUAUGUUUCCGGAAGGGAUGGAAGCUUGAAUUCCAGGUUACAUUGUAUUCAGGCAUUUGAGGCCAAGCUUCCAGAAGCCAGCAGAAAAGUAGUCAGUCUAACCAAAAGAGGGCAACAAGGCGGUAGGCUGAAACACAAGGCAGAUAGGCCUGGGUUUUGUUUUGCUUCCUGCUUUCUUUAGGUCUAAGUUACUUCUGUGAAAGUCUACCUCUCAUUUUAAGUAAGGACAAAAAAUUAAGUAUUCUUCAUCUUUUCGGAUAACGCAACAGAGAGACAAAUAUUCAGUCUAAAGAUUUUUUUCACACAUACUCACCAGUGAGUUCUGUGAGGUGGGUUUAGGUGACAUUCAUGUCCCCUGUGAGGGGCGGGAAGAGGAGAUGGGAAAUGCCUGGACCCUCUUCUUCCUCUGCUGUUUACUUCCUCACUAGAAGUCAACGGUCAAGGUUCUUCUUUAGACAUAAUUGUCCUCUUAAGGGAGUCUACCUGACCCUGCCUCCUCUGUAGGAAGCACAUAAAUGCCUAGAAUUUCUUCCUAGGAUCUCAGUUAAAGCUGCCAGAUGAAUGUGAACAUUGUUCAUGCUCUUUUGUUAAACACACAUGAAAUAGCAUAAGAAAUGUGUGAGUCAGUUUCCAACGGAGUAAUGGAUCCCAAACUUACCCAAUGACAUUUCAGGUGAAAUUAUAUUGUGCCAAAACUUGAAACAGUAUGCAAGUCAAAUAGGAAAUUACCAUUCAUUUGAAUUUGCUCUAAAAUGAAAAUACUAACUUUGUAAGGGCAUCAGAAUGUCUGGUACUGUCCUUCAACAGUAGGAUAGCAAAUUAGCUUCUCAGCCAAGGUCAUGCCACAGGUGACAGUGUGCCUGAAAAGGAACCAAGGAAAUGACAGCAGGAAGCGGAAAUGGUUGGUAUGGAAGUGCAAGCCAAUUGACAGUCGUUUGGUAAUGAAAUCAGCAUUGUGAAUACUGUGUCUGCUCCCUCUGCCAAAGCUUCUAGGUUGAAUGGACCCCGUUCUCCACCUGGAACGGCUGUACAAAAAGAAGAAUGAGACUUUAAGAGUUGUGCACAUACACAUGUACACCUGUGUGUGUGUGUGUGUGUGUAUUUCUGUAUGUACUUCAUCAACCAGCUCUCCAUGAGGACCAAAAUGCUCCUGCCUAAACUGGGAUAUUUUUAAACCAUUUUCUUUCUACAUGCAAGUGAGAACUGUAGUAACUUUUCUAUGGGUUUAAAAUGUAAUCUUUUUGCAUACCAGUCUUUCUUGUAUUUUAUACUUCUAAUGACACAGAGUUCUAGUUGAUGGCUUGACAAUUUGUAUGAUGAUGUAUUGACCACAGGUUUUUGUUUUCAAACUAGAGAAAAUGUCUGUAUACUUUGAUGUAAAUGUGUUUAUAUUUAUUUGAAAUGAAAGAAAUGCCAAGAAAUACCCACUGUUUAGGCUUACUCUCUAUCCCCCCCUCAUAUCUUUCUGUCUCUCAUCUCUCAUAUCUGUCUCUGUUUCUCUAAUCUUUCUAUGUCUCUGUCUCUCUCAAUGUCUCUUUCUGUUAUGUACCUUAUUUAGAAUAACAAAGUAAAUGGGAAAAUACCCUUGACUCUGGGCUAACCAAUAGCUCUGAGGUUAAACCCAGCAUUUCCUACUAUUGCCAGCUGACCCUUGGGUUUGUCCAUUGCUUGACCCCAUUCUAUAGCCGAUCAGAGCCUUUCUGUGUGAUGAAAACUGAUGUAGCAUAUCAUAUACACAAAGGUAGCCCAAAGAAAGACCCAGAGACUACAGAAACUACACCAAAAAUGAUACAUAGUCCUACACUUAAUGGGAAAUGAUGGCCAAGAAAGGGAAUUAGAAAGCAAACACAAGCCUGAGUGCUCUGUCCUCCUAGCUGAGGACUCGGGAAAGAAGUCGCAGCUUCAGGGCACGCGCUCGCAGGGUUUCGCUGCAGGCUCCCCCCUCUCCUCUGAAGUUUCUAUUUUAUAGUAUUUUGAGAGUUUUAAAAAUAAUCCUAUCAUAUCUGAACCAGACCCAGAUAAUGUGUUUUAUCAUUCUCAUCAAGUUGUAAGAGACUUUGCCCCUACUGUUUUAAUAUCCCAGAUUUAAUUAAAACUCCUGUUGGUUCUUCACAAAUGAAAACUUGUUUGGUAGUUUUAUAAAAUUGAAACUGAUGGCAACAAAAUAUUUUUUACACCAGCAACAUUUUUUUACAUUCUUGGCGUAAGGUAUCCCUCCAUCUGGUUUGUUUAGAGCAGGUGCAUGUGAAAAAAGUAGACAGACCUACUAAUGAGCGGCAAUGAGCUUAUCUUGAGGGAAUCCUGAGGGUUGAAGACCUGUGAUGUGCUGUAGUGUCUUUUUCUAGAAGUGAGUUGUGGAAGUCUUGCUGGGCUGGCGUUUAAAGCAGAAAAUAAAAUGCCCGCAUUGCUAGUGAUACAGCCCAAAGCAAGGGGGUCACUUCCACCAAGCAGUGACCUAGCAUUGUGACCUCCAUUGUGUCCAUGGAGCUAUGCUGGCCUUCCCUUCUGAUAGAGGAUGUACAAACACAGGGAAAUUAAGCUUACAAAGAGCAUUCUUUUGAGUUGCUCCGUCUGUCUGUCUAUCUGUCUGCUUACCUGCCUGUCCCCCCCCCCACACCCAUUCUACCCUUCUCUUGCUCUGUUUUUUCCCCUACCCAACAAGACCAAAUUUUGUUUUUAAAGAAAUAACUUUUGGAAACUGAGAUUUCUAUGUAUUUAGUUAUCUUGCAAAUGUUUGCAGCAUCACUUUCUAAGGGGAAAAUGUUUGUAGUAGUCUUCGUUGCUUGGUGCUUUUACCUAAAUGCAUUGUUUUCAGACUGUAUUUUAACCACAGCUACAAGGACCACGUUUGAUCACACCUCCCUAGUCACUGGUGUCUGCCUAUCUUUGGUAAAUUCAUUACUAUCUCCAAAUUGCCUAAAGUCCUAAUAAAUAAUAGCUCAGGGGAUUUCUAUUCAUCACUACUAAAAGGGCACCGUGGUGUGUUUUGGUACUUUGGGCAGUAAGCAGCUGCUUGACUUGUUGUUGCUUUGAAACAAGAACACAGUAUUGAGCAGCUUGGUUUGUGCGUCCAUUGCACUUGUUGAGAAACUCAUCCCUUUGUGAUCUUGUAACAUGACGUUAGAGUGCCUUUUUAUAUUUGUAUAUCCUGGAAAUGUUCUGUGAAACAUUUUUGUAUUUUUUUUCAUUUAAGUGUUAUUGGAGCAAUAUAAUCCUAGUGAGUUUCCCUUUCUUUGAAUGUACCAAGUAUCACCUUUUCUAUUCCUCUCCUUCUCUGCUUUGAAAUGAAAAUGCUCAAGUUUUCUAUAGGAAUUAUGUUUGACUUUGCAGUACUAAAAUGCUUUCUUCUUUACAGAACUGUAAACCAUAGGUCAGUAUUAUAGGGGAACAGCGUUUUAAGAUAGUGACAAUCUGAGCGUGUUUGUAAGAUGUAAUUCUGUGUUUCCUACACGGUGAUCUGAAGACUCAAUGCAAGCAUCUUUUGUUUAGUAGUUUCGUCUGCAGACUAUUCUUCAGCAUGUGCAAUAUAUCCUUGCGAAGCACGAUGAUAUACAUCUUGUGCCAGUGUUACAUUUUGUAAAACAUGUUUGUAACAGCAUAAACUAUUAUGUGAUGAUUUCAGUGGGAUUUUUGUCUGUAUUUUUAACAUAUAGAUUGGAGUUGAAUGACUUUGGUAAAUGUCCUGAGGUGUAAAAAUGAGGAAACAUGGCUUUCGGUUCAGUGAAGGACUUUGGACCGGUAUAAAUUUUCCAAGCACAGUUUAAUACUUUCCCAACUACUGAAUGCUCUAAUAAUGCAAUGAAGUACGUACCUGUAAUAUACAAUGGACAUGCAUUCAGAUGGUUAUUUUUUACAAAUAAAAACGGUACAAAUAUUGUUGCAAUGUA